AUGUCUGAACCGGAAUCGGUUGCUGCGAAAUCUCUCUCUCCGAACUCCGCCGGUCAGCAACUGACUACUCUUACAACACCCGUGCCGGGAAAUACCAAUGCAUUCAAUAAUAACCAUGGGACUUCUCCGAUAUCUGCGCGUCAGGCGUAUCAGCAGCAACCGACUCCGGGCCCGGCGGGUGAUCCAGAUGCCCAUACAGACUUGGAGCAACGGUUGGUGAAUCUUAUCGAUGAUGGUGAUAGUGGGCGGCGGGAAAUUCAGAGGGGUGUGCGGGCAAUCUAUGUUGGACAUGAAUUGUCGAACAUGUCCUUCUUGAUUCGCCAGCAACGGGAUAAAGAUGACGAUGUGUAUCAUUUUGCUGGGAAUGAGAUUCCGCGACGACAGCUGAAAAUUGGUCAUGAUCAGCUUGUCAUGGACGCUCUGACUUUACCGGAGCAGGCUCUUGCGGAUGAGUUAGUCCAGGCGUAUUUUACAUACGUCAACCCGGGGUAUCCCAUCAUCGAUGAGGAUUUAUUUAUGGCCCAGUAUCGCAAUCGAGAUCCAGCAGAUCCUCCACCAGUUCUACUCUUACAGGCCAUUCUGCUGGUAGGAUCUCAUGUCAGUCGUCCGAAAGCUGAGCGAGAUGCCCUCAAAGAGAUAUUCUUUCGCCGCACAAAAUGGCUGUUUGACAGUCGAAUUGAGCGCAACCGUGACAUUAUGGUUCAAGCUGCACUUCUUAUGACCUGGCAUACGGAAAGUGCCGACGAUGAUGUGGCUUCGAAUGCACAUUACUGGGUUGGUGUCGCUGCUAGGAUUGCAACCGGCCUUGGUAUGCAUCGUAAUCCUGUCUCGAGUACAUUCGUUCCUCGAGAUAGACACAUGUGGAGGAGGCUAUGGUACAUUUUGGUACAGUUUGACGUCAUGGUAUCGCUGUCGUAUGGUAGACCACAGGCUAUCAAUCUAGAGGACUCUGAUGUGUCUCCAUUGACCCCUGCCGAUUUUGAAGGCUGUGGAUCCCACGCUCAAAUUGAGUACGUGAUCCAUUUCUCAGAGUUAUGCAUCAUGAUAUCGCACAUCGUACGUGAGCGAUUCGGGCUGCGCGUCAGCCCUGAACGACGCAAAGCGGCUCUCCAGGAAGCCGACGAAGCUUUGGCGAAUUGGUCGCUAAAACUGCCGGAUAACCUACGUCUUCGUGCGUCGGAUAUGGAUCCGUGGUCUGCCAUGCUUCACUUAACAUACAACAACUUUCUAAUUCUUCUCCAUCGACCACAUCCAAGAGCAUCAGCAUAUUCGGAUGACUAUGGACCUCAUGACGCAGAGAUUUGCAGUGCAGCUGCAGGUGUCAUUGCUUCUAUUUUCGAAGAACUCCGUCUUAACAGCCGCUUGAAGCUCCUAUGGUACUCUGGCGUCCAUACCCUCUUUACAGCCAUGAUCCAGGUACGGGUGGAGCUCCGAUUCUCCAACCCGGUUCUUGCAAUCAACGCACUGCGUCGUUUCGACUCAGCAUCGCAUUCGCUUCGUGAGCUUUCUCAAUAUUGGGCUCAUGCAGCCACUAUCCUCCGCUUGUUCGAAGAUUCUAAACGUCUCCAAGAAGACUUACGAACAGCCACAACUGAAAGACCUCGCCAAUUCAGCGGAUCGCACGAACGAAAUCGAAACACCAACCCCAACGCUCUUUCCACUCCCGUCCCCGAACAAUCUCCCUCUAACAUUGCCCCUCCCACACCCGACAUAUCCCAACUACGCAGUACAUUAAACCAACCGCAACAAUUCGACAACUGGAUUCCACCGCCAACAACACUACCGCCUGUUGACCCGAUCGACCAUUCACGAGAACUGCUGGAUUGGAGACAAUUGUUCUCGUUCACUGACCCUGAUCAACCUGUUCCUAUGGCUUUCGAGGGUCUUCCGGAGUUGGAGGAUGAGUGGAGGCAGAUUUAUUGGCAGGAGAUGCCGAUGGCUGAUCUUCUUCAGGAUGGAGGGUGGAUGCAUGGGUAA